AUGGGAGAGCAGCGUACCGUGGGCAUGGCAGGUGGUCUUAAUAAAUACGAAAAUGGCCUAUCGCGAGCGUCGGUCGGGGAUGAAGUGGAGCUGAAGCAUCGGGGUAAACUAAAUCCGCUGGGAUUGGGCGAAGUGGCUCGACCGGCGACCUCGCCGCCGCCACCGUACGCCGCGUCACAGAUGGUGUUUAUUAAUCAAGUGCGUCUGAAAACAAAACAAGCCAAAUCAGCUUUUCGCGUUCGGUUGCAAGUCAUCAAUCAAUCGUUAAUCCAACGACGCAAUAUCCAUAAAAUGGAUCGCGGGAGGUCGGCGUGCAGUCGGUACGCAUUGGGUACGUGUUUUGAUGAGUAUUGUAAUCUAGACAUUUUAACAGAAGGCAGAAAGUCUGAAAUCGUGCUAGAAGAUUCCAAAGUCGUCUCACUCAGCCGAUUGCAUGUAGGCGUUAGUAAUUCACAAUGGACAUCACUGCCAGUUCCCAGCAUAAUCCUCGACUCGCUUCUUACGACAGCCAAGAUGAAGUACCAGGGUAACAUAACUACGAAACACCCCUGA